AGAUCACGAGCGCAGUAUUUCUCUCCCGCAAGUGACCAACAGAGCGCAGUGAUACGCAGUUCUCCUUCAGGUGUCACUCGUCACAGAAGGAGCCAAAGUCAUACAGCGUCAUACUUGCCUCUUUUGCCCGAGGCGUGCAAACAUAUCCGGAGUCACUAUAGCGAGUUAGUGAAGGACGGCUGCAUUCCCCUCACCAUGGGUGGCGACCACACCAUCACUUACCCCAUCUUGCAGGCCAUUAAGGACCGCUACGGCACUGUCUGCCUCCUCCACGUCGACGCCCACAACGACGUCAGUGACUCGAUGCUGGGAGCGAAGAUCACCCACGGCACGCCCUUCAGGAGAGCGGUCGAGGAGGACCUUAUCGACCCGAAGGCUACCGUGCAGAUAGGCCUACGCGGUUCCUCUUACACUGUGGAUGCGCAUGCGUGGCAGAUAAGCAAGGGCUUCCACAUUGUCCAAGCGCACCAGUGUUGGCACAAGUCCCUGGAGGCCUUUGAUGAAGUGAAAGCCAUAAUGGGUGAUCGACCAGUUUACCUCUCAUUCGACAUCGACGCUAUUGACCCUGUCUGUCCUGGCACUGGCACCCCGGAAAUCGGAGGUCUGACCCCUAUCCAGGCGCUGGAGAUCAUCCGCGGGUGCCGUGGCCUGAACCUCGUGGGCUGUGACUUGGUCGAGGUAUCUCCUCCAUAUGACUUCGAGGGAACCACCGCUCUCACAGGCGCUAAUCUGCUCUUUGAGAUGCUCUGUGUUCUUCCACGUGUAAAAUAUUAUGAUUUUAAAUAAAGCCCAUCGUUAUUAUUAUAAUCAACAUUCUACUAUAGUUGUUUAGAGUAGAUUUUUAUUUUUGUGGGGAUGAGUACCGUUUGAAUAAAAAUGUAUGAAUGCAUUAAAAAA